AUGAUUAAAACAACGACGAGCAAGGGCAACCCGGUGCUAUUAGUUGACUCGUUCAAAUACCGAAAAGCGGGACCUGUAUCCUCGGGUGAAAUUGUUUGGAGAUGCUUAGCUAGAAAUUGCAAUGCUAGUGUAAGGACGGACGCUGAAAUUGUUAUUCUUAAGAGUAGAAUGGGAACACAUAAUCACGAGAAAAUGGUCAUGGAUACGCCUCCUUCUGCACCUAGAUUACAUAGCGUAAGAACACUAAAUUCGUCAAUCACAAGUAAAACUCCUUCAAGUUCAAUGAACAGUCUACCGGAAAAUUUGACUCCACAUUUGGAUAUAUCAGCAAAAUCAGAUGGCGAGCUUCCUGAGUCGUUGCUGGAGGAGGAGACUGCAUUGGAUGACAGCCUGAGAGUGAUAAAAUCGGCGGCUACUGAACUAAAGGUGAAGGACUCUUCUUCGGAGUGCUGUCCACAUCUAAGGCAGGAGAUUCAUAAACUUCGGGAGGUUCUCGACAAACGUUUAAUAGAGUGGGAGGCAGCUGUUGAUAGGAUUGAAGACGACUCGGAAUUGAAACCUCAACUUUCAAUUCUCACAACUACAAUAGUUGAGAAGUCUCACACUCUUAAGUUCUUUGAAAAAUAUUCCAACCUUCACAAAGCAACACGUAUAUUUGCGUUUGUGUUGCGCUUCAUAAAAAAUUGUAAGCUGAAGGAAACACACAGGCACAAUCUUCGCAGCCAUAGAGCACAACCGGUGCGCCUCACCUCUCCGCAUCUGUCUGUUGCUGAAUGUCGUGCAGCACUAUUGAGUAUUGUCAAACUUACUCAAGAGUUCUAUUUCAUUGACACUUUCAAGCUUCUCAACAAGGGAGAAAAUCCUCCGCGAGAAUUACACUCUCUAGCACCAUUCAUCGAUUCAUCCGGUUCUCUCAGGGUGGGCGGACAUCUCAAACGAUCCUGUCUUCCGUAUGACAGCCGUCAUCCACUGCUGCUGCCGAAAUCAUCUCACCUCAGCACCCUCAUCUGCGAUCAGAUGCACCGAGAUCAUCACCACGUCGGCCCUCGCACCACUCAAUCACUAGUUGCGCGCAAGUAUUGGAUCAUCUCGGCGCGUAACCUGAUAAGAAGCCAAAUACGUAAUUGUGUCCACUGCACUCGUAUGCGAGCCCAACCUAAUCAGCCAGUGAUAUCUGAUCUUCCAGACUUUCGUGUUAGCGCAUCGUUCCCAUUCACCCAUGUUGGCAUUGACUUUGCGGGUCCUUUCUAUACAAAAUGCAGCCCACUAAAAAAGACGAAAUUAUACAAAGGCUAUCUCGCACUUUUUAUUUGCCUGGCUGUAAAAGCGAUUCAUUUGGAAUAUGUGUCAGAAUUAACAACUGAGGCCUUUCUUGCUGCAUUUGACAGAUUCACAUCACGCCGAGGUCUACCAUCGCAUAUGUACUCUGACAACGGUUUAAAUUUUGUUGGAGCCGCUAAACACUUAUCAGAUAUUUCCAAAUUUCUGUCUGAUAAUAAUACUGAGAUAUUGAAUGGACUUGUCCAACGUGAGGUAACUUGGCACUUCAAUCCACCAGUUGCCCCAAACUUUGGGGGAAUUUGGGAAGCUAAUGUUAAAACUGCCAAAGUGCUAUUAAAAAAUCAGAUUGGUGACACACCAAUGACUAUGGAAGAAUAUUUCACUGUUUUUUCUCGUAUUGAAGCCAUUAUGAAUAGCCGUCCGCUGCUAGAACCCUCCCCGGACCCCAACGAAAACACAACGCUAUUGACACCUGGUCAUUUCUUGAUUGGACGACCACUGCUUCAGGCCGUGAAGCUUCCUCUAAAUGACUCCACCUCAAAUCGGCAACGUUGGACUCACCUGCGUCAAUUAGUACAGUCGGUCUGGCGUCGAUGGAAAUCUGAGUAUCUACAAACACUCAUUCAACGAAAUAAGUGGAAAACUCCAACAGAAAACAUCAAAGUUGGACAAAUUGUGCUUAUAAAACAUUUGAACACUGCACCUACACUAUGGCCUAUUGGUAAAAUUGAGAAAGUAUUUCCUGGACAAGACAAAAUAAUAAGAGUAGCAUUAAUCCGCACAGCCGGCGGUACGCUGAUCCGACCUGUGAACAAACUUAUAGUGUUGCCAGUAGUCUAA